AUGUAUAUGGGCCAUACAACAAUGGUCUGUAGCACAACUGGUAUCAACAGCUUCACAAUAGCCGAGGGAGUUUAUCGAGGGUCGGCUAUCAGCCCACUUCUCUUCAUAACAGUAAUAGUUGUAUUAGCACAGUCUAUACCACAAACAGUCAGGUGGAAUAUGAUUGCAGAUGAUAUUCUCGCCGAAUCCAAACAAUCUCCCAAACAAUUAAAGGAAAGUAUCCGCAAAUUACGGAAUCACAUAAAAUCCAAAUAUAAUAAUCCUAAAUUAGUUUCAUUAACUACAACUCAUAAUCCUAAUUCAAAUUUAUAUCUCCCAAUUGAUUUAUCAAUUAAAACUGCUAUGAUUAGCGCAUGCAUAAGCCGUUUUCAUCAAAAAAUUAAACAAAUCUUCCCUACCACUUACACUUCUAUUUUGGGAAAUAGAAAAAGAUUAAACAUAACAAAAGAAGAAAGUGGUCGUAAAGUGCGAAGUCAUAUAAAAUCCAAGAAACCCAAACCUAUAGUAGCUUUAGUACCUACACCUCAAAGUAUUAAUUUAAAUAAACCUUUUCCUAUUGAUAUAUCAACUAAAACUGCUAGGAUGCGGGCAUGUGCUGCCCGUUUUCGUCUAAAGCUUAAACAGAUUUUCCCCACCACCUAUACAUCUAUUCUUAAAAAUAGAAGUAAUUUAACACAUUUUAAUACUAAUGAUAUUCACUUAAUAACUGAACAUACUUGCGGGCCUAUGAAUAUCAUAUGUCAAUUUUGUUUUUCCAUGAAUUUCAUAGCUGAGAGACCGACCGACGGUAAAUUCACACAGUGCUGUCAUAAAGGGAAGGUUAUCCUUACCCAAAUACCAUAUCCUCCUUAUUUAAAAAAUCUUAUAUCAAACCCUCAAGAUAAGUUACAUAAUAAUUUUAUGAAGAACAUACGUUCUUAUAAUUCAGCAGUAGCUUUUGCAUCGAUGGGCGCAAAAAUUUCGGAGCUUACAGGUAGUGGCCCUUAUUGUUUCAAAGUGCACGGCCAAAUAUAUCACCGCACAUCUAAUUUAUACCCACCUUCUAAUGCUUUGCCUACUUAUGCCCAGUUAUACGUGUUAGAUACGACACAGGCUAUAGAUAAGCGUAUACACCAUCCAGCAAAUAGUAAAUGUAAUAAAGAUAUUAUGAAGCAAUUAGAUCAGUUAAUACGACAAAUUAACCCCUAUGCUCUUAGUUUUAAGACAUUAGGUGAAGUCCAUCAAUCUGCAUUAGAAUUAGCAACUACUUCUAAUACAAAACUCCCAACCAUUAAUAUGAUCUUUAAAGGAGAUCGUUCUAGCGAUCGACGCCGUUAUAAUUUACCAUCUAUGGAUGACGUAGCUAUGAUUUUCAAUAAUGAAGAUGGAGAGCCUCCUUUCAAAAGAGAUAUUAAAGUCUAUCCUAAAUCUAAUGACAACGAUCUCAUUAUUCUUAAUGUAUUGAGCCCAAAUUUAGACCCCAUGGUUUAUCCUUUACUAUUCCCUCAUGGUGAACCUGGUUGGUCUCCUAAUAUGAUCGCUGAUGGGUUCGAAAAUAGGGCUAGAUCUAAAAUAUCUAUGUUACAAUUUAAAAUUGCACGUUUAGCCGUGCGCCAUAAUAUUUUUAAUCCUCUUCUUAAUGAAGGACGUAUAACGCAACAAUAUAUAGUAGACUCAUAUUUACAAGUAGAGGCCAAUAACAUUAACUAUAUAAAAUAUAAUCAGAAUAAGCUUCGUGUAGAAGAAUAUUCAGGUUUAAUGGAUUUUUUAGUAACUUCAUGUUCCACUUCAAUAGAAUCUCCAAUAGGCCGCCCUAUUAUUCUACCUUCCUCAUUUCAAGGGUCUCCCAGGAAUAUGCAAGAACGGUAUCAUGAUGCUAUGACUAUUAAUAAAAUAUUUGGGACAUCUUUAGCUUAUGUGUAUACAAUUGAAUUUCAAAAAAGAGGCCUACCACAUGCCCAUUUGUUAAUUAUAUUGAGUAAAGAGAAUAAAAUUGAAACAUCGGAGGCAAUAGAUAACUAUGUUUCAGCUGAAAUACCUGAUAGGCUAACAAAUCCAAAAUUAUUUGCUAUUGUAACACGCUGCAUGAUACAUGGCCCCUGUGGCAUAAUAAAUCCCCAAUCUCCGUGCAUGGAUAAAGGCAUGUGUACCAAAAAUUUCCCCAAGGAUUUUCAAAAUGCCACCAAAUCUAAUAUUAAUGGCUACCCCUCAUAUAAAAGAAGGAAUUUGGCUCCAAUUUUAAUAUCUAAGAAAUGGGUAGAUAAUAAAUUUGUUAUCCCGUACAAUUCUUAUUUACUACUAAAAUAUAAUGCGCACAUAAAUGUAGAAAUUUGUACUUCAAUUAAAUCGGUUAAAUAUAUUUUUAAAUACGUAUACAAAGGGUAUGAUUGUGCUAAUGUAGUUUUAAAUGUCGAUUCUCCCCCUACUAAAUAUGACGAAAUUAAUAAUCACAUAAAUGCACGCUAUGUAAGCUCAUGUGAAGCUAUGUGGCGCUUAUUAGAAAACCCCAUGCAUGAUCGUUCUCAUGCAAUUAUCCGUUUAGCAGUACAUAUGCCAUUUAAACAGUUAAUUUAUUUCCAACAAGGACAUGAAAAGUCGGCCAUGGAAAGAGCUAUUUAUAAAAAUACAACCCUUACUGCUUGGUUUAUUUUAAAUCAACUUUCUCCUUGCGCUAGACAAUACCUUUAUGGUGAUAUACCCUACCAUUAUAUUUUUAUAAAUAAUGCCUGGCAAGAACGUAAACGUGGCCAUAAAUCUAUUAUAACACGUAUGUAUUCUACAGAUAUCAAAUGUGGGGAACGCUUUUAUCUUCGUCUACUUCUUCUCCACGUGCCUGGAGCUACGAGCUUUGAGUUUUUGCGAACUGUAGACGGUAUAUUAUUAAACACGUUUAAAGAUGCCGCUAUUAAUAGAUCAUUAUUAUGCGAUGAUAACGAAUGGGAAAAAUGUCUAGAUGAGGCCUCUCUAUUUCAAAUGCCAUCUCAAUUACGCCACACUUUUGCUUUUAUAUGCGUUUUUGGCCAUCCUCAAAAUCCUACAUCUUUAUGGUUGCGUAUAAAACCUUUAUUAAUAGAAGAUUUUUUGCAAUAUAAUAAUGAAAUCAUAGCAACCAAUUUGGCUUUACAUGAUAUUUUAACAACUCUCAGUGUUCAUGGGUACAAUUGUAAAGAUUUUAAUCUUCCUACUCCUGACCCUAUCCCUCAAUCUAAUUUAUAUGAUGCUAUAAUAGAGGCAGAUACUGCAUGUGUAAUGGUAGCUAAUCUUAAUUUAUUACAGCGUAACGCUUUUGAUAAAGUUAUCCAGGCUAUUGCCGAUCCCUCUUUUACACCUAAAUAUUUUUACAUAGAUGGUCCCGGUGGAUCAGGCAAAACAUAUCUGUACAAUACUCUCAUGCAUUAUCUUAGAGGACAACAUAAAACUGUCAUACCAUUUGCUACCACAGGUAUAUCUUCUAUCCUUCUUAUAGGUGGAAGAACUAUCCAUAGUGGUUUUAAACUUCCAGUACCAAUUUUAGAUACAUCCGUUUCACGCAUGAAAACUAAUUCAAUAGAGGCUCAGAACCUUAAAAAUGCACACUUAAUAAUUAUAGAUGAAGUAAGUAUGAUGACUAAACAUGCUUUACGGUGUAUAGAUUUAUUACUUAGAGAUAUUAUGCAAACAUCCAACCCCUUCGGUGGUAAGGUUAUCUUAUUAGGAGGAGAUUUCAGACAAACACUUCCUGUUAUACCUAGAGGUACUAAAACAUCUAUAUUAGAAUCGUGUAUAAAAUGUUCACCUCUAUGGCAUAUUUUUUUGCAACUUAAAUUAAAAGAUAAUAUGAGAAUUUUAGACGAUGAUUCUGAGUACAAUAAUUGGCUCUUACAAAUUGGCGAAGGGAAAACACCAACCUUAUCCCCCCUUACUUCCGACUAUGUUGAAAUUCCUCUAACAAUGAUAGAGGAAUCUUUAAUAUAUUCUAUAUAUGGCGAUUUCAAUUUACUUAAUAAUGUUGAAUACCUAGCGCAACGUAUUAUUUUAACAACAAAAAAUAAAGUAUCAUUGGCAUUAAAUAAUGAUAUAAUUUCAAAAUUACCAUCUCCAAUUAAACAUUACUAUAGUUCAGACUCAUUAAUUUCAGAUAACGUUGAUGAUUCUAAUAAUUACCCCAUAGAAUUCUUACAUUCACUAACACCUUCGGGCAUGCCUCCUCAUAUAUUAUCCCUAAAGGUCGGUACUAUCGUAAUUCUUCUACGAAAUUUGAAUCCUUUACGCGGAUUGUGUAAUGGAACUCGCUUAAUAAUAAAAGGCAUGCAUAUAUAUUUUUUGGAUGCUGAAAUAAUUACAGGCAUAAACAAAGGUUACAGAGUUUUUAUACCUCGCAUAGAUUUAGCGCCAAGCGAAUCACAACUACCUUUCGUAUUAAAACGUAGACAAUUCCCAAUUAUCCCAGCUUUUGUAAUUACUAUUAAUAAAAGUCAGGGUCAAACAUUUGAUCAUGUAGGUUUAUAUCUACCAGAACCUGUGUUUUCUCAUGGCCAACUUUAUGUUGCUUUAAGUAGAUGUACUUCCAAAAAAAAUAAUAAAGUUAUGAUUGCUCCUACAAAAAUGCAAGGAAAUUUACUCUCUAAUAAAAAGAUAUUCACACAAAAUAUAGUUAUUUACGGCAAACUACGUGCAAGGGAAUUACAACAUCAUCUUCAAAAACGACACCACAUUGAACAAAGAAAAGAAAACUUCUUCACCAUCGCUAAACCAUCUUCAUCACCAACAACAUUUAUUUACGGCAAACUACGAGCCAAGGCAAAACAUUAA